GGCUUCAAAUGGGCAAAACCCAAGAAUUCAGUCCCUGUUGUUAGUCUUCUUCCCUAAGCCAUCAUCUCUGAUUUUUUUUUUUUAAUAAACAAACUCUCUGAAAUCUUGGAUCUGAAUUUCUAUCCUGCCAGGCUUUCGGUGAGUUUACCCUUUCUUCCUCUGCUUUGAUCUUGUUUUUCAUGUAAAUCAAAACCCCAUUUUGUUUAUCUGCCUAAAAAUUCAUUUCUUCUUUCUUAAGCUGCAAACGAGAAGUUCAACUCGAUUAUCAAGACCUUUCCUUUUUCACUAGUUUAUGUUUUGGAUUUGUUGAAUUAAAUCUCCAAAUUCUUGAUCUUUAGUCGAUAAUCUGUUGAAUUGCCUGUUUGGGUAUGCUUUGUUUAAAUCUCGAAGCUUUUCAGCUGGAUUUCUGUUAUCAUGAAUAACUAUCCAUUUGGGUCAAAUAGCCCUAAGUCCUUCAAUGCCUAUCCAAGGGGUGACUUUGAUAUUGAAUUAGGUAAUAUCAAAAGAACCAGAAGGUCUAAAGUUUCAUCGUUUUACCCUGUUAGAAUGAUCAAAUCCUUGGCUAACAGGCUUCACUACUAUUACAAGUUACACCCACUCCUUGUUUUCUUUGUUUCCUUGGCAUUUGGGGUCACAAUCCUCAUAGGUCUAUCUCUAUAUGAGCACCACUAUAGGAUGCUGAGAAAUUAUAGGAAACUUGAUGAGGGGUUCAGUAAUUACUAUCCGUAUGCCAAGCUUAAGAAUCUUGUAAUGGUUGCUGGGCAUUCAGUUUAUACAAGCAGUAGUUGUGAGAAAGUCGAUAUGGAGGAUUCUUGGUUUUUGGAGCCGUAUCAGAAGAAUCCAGGCCAAGCUGCUACCUUUUUGACUCAUAUAAAGGAAGGGGUUGAAAGCACCGCACAAGAUGGUGCGGCUUUGCUUCUGUUUAGUGGUGGAGAGACUCGGAAGGAUGCCGGUCCUCGAAGUGAGGCGCAGAGUUAUUGGACGGUUGCUGACUCGAAAGGAUGGUUUGGGAAGGAAGAAAGUGUGAAGUGGAGGGCAUUAACAGAGGAGCAUGCAAGAGACAGCUUCGAAAAUCUUCUCUUCAGCGUUUGUCGGUUUCGAGAGCUUACUGGGACAUACCCACAAAACAUAACUGUUGUAAGUUAUGAUUUCAAGGAAGAGAGAUUCGCAAACUUGCAUCGCUCUGCAAUCGGCUUUCCUGAGUCACAAUUUUUUUACAGAGGCACCCCAGCUUCAUCGACUGCAAAAGAAGCGGCUUUGAAAGGUGAGGCAUUGGUGAGGACUCAGUUUCAGCAUGAUCCAUAUGGAUGUAUCGGAUUGCUUAAGAAGAAAAAAGUAGGCCGUGAUCCUUUCCAUCGGUCGAUCCCGUAUCCCAAUGGAUGCCCCGAAAUUGAAGGUCUGUUUAGAUAUUGCGGGACUGCUCCUUAUCAAGGUUCACUCCCAUGGGCAUAUCAAAACUAACCAUAGCAAAAGACACUUGACCACAUAAUUUUGUUAUAUAAAUUUUCAAUAACCAAGUUAAAAAUAGAGAAAGAAGAUGAAUUUAGACCUAGAAUUACAUAUAUCAUUGUUGUGUUUGUGUUAUUUUUUAUAUUAUAGUCAUGUUCGAAGUGUUAUGCGUUUAUAUAAAUUUCGGCAUAUUAAUAUUUCCUGUUAUAACAGUUUUAGGAGUAAUUAUUUUAUA